AAGCGUGUGUUGAGACACACCUGGUUGUGCUGAUCAAAACAGGGGACGAACGAAAUAGAUUUCUGGGAAGUCUGUCGUAGAAUCUGUAUGCUACACUGUCAUACAGGAGCUCUUUGCACGGUUUAAUGUGAAGUUUUACUGGACAACGUCGUGACAGUGCUGAGAGCCCGAAGCCUUAGACACCGAAGAGACGAACUGCUGUAGCACUGUAGGGCUGGAGGACGCGCUCGGUUUGAGUUACAACAACUUGGGAAAGUUGGUGAUGAAUUUGUUUAUUCGCAGCGGCCAAACAGGAUGAUAAUGCCUGGGAGAAUAAAGGCCGGCUCCGUUUCCUAUGACACGGUAUAAUACAAAUCGCUGGAAUGAGGAAUUCUUAUCAAAGCCACGUGAGCCAAAUAAAGAAAAGCUUCGAUCAGCAUUUUAGCAACACUACAGUGCGUGUCUACGCUUAAACGGUACCAGGGUUUUUUUUUUUUUUUUUAUAAUUUAUUGAAAUGAAAAGUAAACACGCACACAAACCUGAGUCUGUGAAGUCGUUGAGCCAUAUGAACAAUAUGGACGAGGCGGUGGAGGAUGAUAUCUCAGAGAUCCCACAGCACGCCGUAAUACCAAACCAAACCGGCGUUGUGAUGGUGAUCAACCACAGCAAAAUCCGUCUCCCUUUCAGCGUGCUGUGGGCGACUGUUCUCUACUGUGCUGAGUUUAUAUGCGCCUCGGUGCUGUGCAGGACGUACCACAAAAACGAGGACGUCAUAUGGAUGGGUUUGACCAUUACCUUUAUACUGGUGCCUUCUGUGCUCACUCAGCUAACCUUAACUUUCGUCCAUCGGGAUUUGGGAAGAGACCGUCCUCUUGUGCUCUUCAUGCACCUGCUUCAAAUGGGACCGAUCAUCAGGUGUGUAGAAGCUUUGAUAGUUUACUUCAAAGCAGGCAGAAAGGAGGAGCCGUACGUUACCAUCACGAGGAAGAUGAAGCUAAAAAACGGGACAGCCGUUGGCUCCCCCAUGGAAUGGGAGAUCGGUCAUUCGGAGCGCAAGUUGGCUGUCCACCGUGAUGCCUUUAAACGCACAGCUGUCAUCCAGGCGUUCCUUGGUUCCACACCUCAGCUCACCCUCCAGCUGUAUGCUUCCAUUCAAGAGAAAUACCUCCUUCCUAUUAGACUUGCCUUGAUGAUCAUCUCCCUGAUCUCGGUCACAUACGGGGCACUUGUUUGCAGUGUGUUGGCAAUCCAGAUCCGUUAUGACGACUACAAAGUGAGCGUGAAGACUGGUGUGUAUUUGUGCAUGAUACUGUGGCGCAGUUUGGAGAUCGCCACUCGUGUCAUCUCAUUGGUACUCUUCAGCACAGCCCUAACCUUCUGGGUGAUUCCGGUUGGUCUGGCCAACCUGCUGAUCUUCUUCUUCCAGCCGUGGGUGGAGUUUUGGGCACGGAGAGCCUCACUGCCUGAGAAUGUAGAGAAGAAUCUGAGCAAACUGGGUACGUGUGUGGUUCUUUGUCUGGUUACACUGCUCUAUGCCUGCAUCAAUGUCUUCUGCUGGUCGGCUGUGCAGUUGAACUUGGCCGAGCAGGAACUGAUCGAGAAGCACCCUCGCUGGAGCCGCCUGGCUGCUUACUAUACAUUGCGCUUCAUCGAAAAUGUGGCUCUUAUUGUUGCCUGGUACUUCUUUAAGUCAGACUUUUAUGAGUAUGUGUGUGCACCACUGCUUGUUGUGCAACUGAUUAUAUGCUAUAGCCUUGCUGUGCUCUUUAUGCUGCUCUUCUACCAGUUCUGCCACCCAGCACGCAAACUCUUCAAACAUAACGUGGAAGACUGCCUGCGUUGUGCUUGCUGCUGGAGAAAAGAGCACACGCUGGUUCCACAGGUCCCACCAACCCCAGACUUCACUGUUCAUUCGGAGGUACGAGAAACCGAUAUCUUGGAGGACAUGGAGGCAGCUUGAGCUGCUCCUGUAAUUCAUUUGGUCAGAUUUGGUUCCCCUAAGCCUAGCAUAUUUGCACGAAUCCAUGAUCAGGAAGAUGAUGUGAGCCUGGCAAUAUGAGCUAUAGAGAAACUGCUGUAAUUCAUGUUAAGAACAAAUCUUGUGCGAUUCCAAGAGUUUCUUCAGCAUGGCUAUUUUGAAUUGCUUUGAAAUAGACUUUGAACAAAAAAGCCUCUCUACUCUAAUUUUAGACUUCACUACUUUGGUGUGCACUGGCAGAUAAUGAGAUUGUGAUGAGCUUUUUUUUUGGAUGCUACAUACCAAAGAAUGUCUCAAAGAAUGAGAUGAUUCACAAAGAGAAACUGAACUGUUAAUACUAAGCCCAGGUGUGUUGGAAACAGGCCACAAGUGUGACUCAAGAAUGGAGUUUACGUGAUAAUUUGGGGCAUUCCCUGCUUUAGGUAAAAACACAAGCCAGCUAUUCAUUCCCCUUAAGUGCACUUUGAAACUUGCAUAUCACAGAGAUAAGCUGGGAGGCCUCCUAUCAAAAUCAUUUUCCUGUAAGUUAUGGAGGAAGGCAAACACUUUAGGUGUGACAUUUACCUCGGUUUUAAGUCACUUUAGAGUUCCUGCUUAAAUAAAAUCAGGAAGAUGUCUGUUCAUAUUAACGAUUUUAAGUGCUAAAAAAAUAUCAUCGUAACUUUGAGGGAAUUUGUUUUGCUUGUUUUGUGCCUGAAUUAUGUGCCUCUGCCGAUUGUAACUUGAAAAUAUUAAUAAAAUAUUUUGAGUGUCUAA